AUGACUACUCGCCAACACCGUUAUCCCCUCUUCGCUCUCACAGUGCUAUUAAUAUUCGGUACCGUAACGUUGCCUUCAGUUUCAGCUCGUUUAUUCCCCAAUGUAUCCUCCAUCCCCACGUGGAUAUCAAACCAAGCGCCACCGGCUGCAUGGGAAGCGUAUAGCAACUUCACCGGAUGCCGCCCCGGACGCGCCUACAACGGCCUUUCCAAUCUCAAAAACUACUUUCAUUACUUUGGAUACAUCCCCAACGCGCCGCCGUCGAACUUCACCGAUGACUUCGACGACGCGCUGGAGACCGCCGUCCGAGCCUACCAGAAGAACUUCAACCUCAAUGUCACCGGCGAGCUCGACGACGUCACGCUGAAGCAAAUCAUGCGUCCCCGGUGCGGGGUCGCCGACAUCAUCAACGGCACAACCGCCAUGAACUCCGGCAAGUCCAACACUAACGCGACGGCGAAGCUCCACACAGUGUCACACUACUCGUUCUUCCCGGAUCAGCAGCGGUGGCCGGAGGGGACACAGGAGUUGACCUACGCGUUUGACCCUGACAACGGCCUCGACGACGUCGCAAAGGGCGUGUUUGCAACCGCGUUUGAUAGAUGGUCAGAGGUUACGACAAUCUCGUUCCGUGAAACGACGUCGUAUGAAGAGGCGGAUAUUAAAAUAGGAUUUUACAGUGGGGACCACGGGGAUGGGGAACCGUUCGAUGGCGUGUUGGGGACAUUAGCGCACGCGUUUUCGCCGACGGACGGGAGGUUCCACCUGGACAAGGCGGAGGACUGGGUGGUUACCGGCGAUGUGACGGAGGCGGCGCUGUCGAACGCGGUGGAUCUUGAAUCGGUGGCGGUGCACGAGAUUGGGCACUUGCUUGGACUGGGUCACUCGUCGGUGGAAGAAGCUAUUAUGUACCCUUCGAUUGCGUCGCGAACAAGGAAGGUGGAACUCGCUAAUGAUGAUAUUGAAGGGAUUCAGCAACUCUAUGGUUCUAAUCCUAACUUCACUGGUUCUCCUUCUACCUUUUCGCGCGAGAGGGACUCCAGUGACGGUGCUCGCCACGUAGCAUCCACGUGCGGCUUCCUCUUCUCUCUCUUUCUGGUGUUUGUGUUCCACGUGUGA